AUGACAGAUGGCGCCCUUUCUCUGGGAUACUCCUUCCCGAAAAGGCAGGCAAUCGAAGCUUACAACGCGCGGCACCCGGAUCAGCCGGCGGAUGUGAAUUUCGCGGGUUGUAUGGAGGACGAACUUCCAGAGGUUUCCGACUGGAUCCAAACGAAGCUGAAUCCCUUCUACACCCUGGGCCCAGGGGGAGAGAAGCUGAUGUGGGCUUUUCAAGCACAUCAAGCGAAGAUCUUCUUCUGGAGAGAUACCAGGGACUCCUUUCUCAUCGGCUUUCACAUUAUGUGCUUCCGAUGUGGUGAUGGGCAGAACUGGACCUCCAUGCCCUUUCCUGACUUGGCCUUGAGCGCCGGUGAACAGCGGCGCCUCGAUGAUGCGGUGGGAGAGUUGGGCCUGCCUGCUCCGGCCCUCACUGUCAUGGUGAACUCCUGA